UAAGAUGAUUGCUUUUUCAAUCAAUUCAAAUUUUGUUGGACAGAGUUAUCCGAUACGUUUAAGGCAUUGUACUAGUGGAACAUAUAUAGAUGGUACCCUAUAAAAAUAAUUGAGAUGUCCGCAAACUAGCCCGAUACCGUGAUUAUAAUUUUUUUUUUUUACCCGUUAUUAAAUGAUCCCUAUGUCCUUUUGAUUAAAUAACCAACAAAUAUCACGACCUCCCUUGGGUGUAUACAUAAUCUAAGUCAAUUAGCCGAUUUAUCUAAAGUGGCGGUCUUCCUUGUUCAGCAGCCUUAACGUACGGUCAAGAAUGGAAAAUCUUCCUUUCAUCGUUGGAGUCAUAGGCAAUAUAAUUGCAGUUCUCAUGUUUCUUUCACCAGUAGGGACAUUCAGAAGAAUUGUAAAGAACCGAUCUACUGAGGAUUUUGAUAGCCUUCCAUACAUUUGUAUAUUGCUUAAUACAUCUUUGUGGACUUAUUAUGCAAUUAUAAAGCCAGACAGCUAUCUCGUCUUCACUAUUAAUGGCUUUGGAGUCAUCGUUGAGAUUAUCUACAUUGCUUUAUUCCUUCAAUUUGCUCAUCCAAAAAUGAGAAAUAGGACUGCCAUCCUAGUUGGGAUUCUGAAUGUGGGCAUUAUAGCAACAAUUCUAUUAUUGGCGCACUUUCUUUUACAUGGACAGAUGAGAAUUAACGUUAUUGGUUUCCUGUCCACAGGUCUAAAUAUCAUUAUGUAUAUCUCCCCUCUCGGUGUUAUGAAAACAGUGGUGACAACCAAGAGUGUGGAGUAUAUGCCAUUUCUUCUGUCGUUUUUCCUUUUCUUAAACGGUGGCAUUUGGACUUUGUACUCCGUGCUUGUGGGUGACUGGUUUCUUGGAGUACCAAAUGGGAUUGGAUGGUUACUGGGAGCAGUGCAGCUGGUUAUAUACGCCAUUUACCGGAACUCUAAUUCAUCAAAGCAAUUCGUCGAAGAUUUAGAACAAGGAGACCAAACGGAAUGCUUGCUGCCACCUUCUUCCAGCUCAACUCAAGAGUAAAAACAUGCAGUCAAUAUAAUAAUCGGAAAAGGGUCAAAAUGUUCUUAAACUAUGCGAAACUGAACAAAAAUGCCCUCCGUUAGUAUUUGGACCAAACAAUUAACGGAGGGCCUUUUUGUUCAAUUUCUCAUAGUUUAAAGGCAUUUUUGACCCUUUUCCGUAUAUUAAUUAUAGGUUGACGCAAAGAGAUUAUGUAUAACUUCAUUUCUAGCUGUUACAUGGAAUUCCUGCUUGCUUAUAUGUUUUGGUUCUGUAUUAAUGUUUUCAAGAAUUGGAAAACAUAAAUAAGUAUUUGUACGUCAUUAAUUUCAUUUUUAACCGCUGCGAGUUUUAAUUAGUUUCACGGCCAACUGAUAGAGGUUGGUAUUUUUUGCGA